CUAAAAGGCCGUAUCGAAGGUUUCUGCGAGUUGUUGGGUUGUUGAGGAUGGCGCAAGUCGCCGAGACCAUGGAGCACGACCCCUAUGUGGUCCAGAACUUCAACUUCGUCCGUAUGCUCGGAGCAGGUGAGCCAAAAGAGACGAGAGGGAGGGUGAGAGGAGCCGGGGAAGCGUGAGACACGGCGUGGGACGCGAUGCACUGAGGGAGGCGGGAUGGAAUAAGUCGGAUGGAUGGUGCAUUUUGCUCUGUGUGGGUGCGUGGACGCGUGGCUGGAUGUAUUGGCAUAUUCUUGAGGCUUUCCAUUACGUACUACCUCCUUUUCAUUCUUUCCAUCUGUCUGCGUAUUCUGUUGGUGUGCAGGUGUCUAUAGCUGUGUAGCUGCCGUGACGAAUCGCACGUUGGCUGAGGUCCCCAAGGGCACACCGCUGGCCAUCAAGAAGGUGACCACGCCACUGACUGAUCAUCCUGGGGGAACUCAUGGUGACGUCUCUCUCACCCGCCGUGCAUUUGGUGUGAUAUGGUGCGUUGUUGUGUGCAGAUGAGGAAGUGGAACGGGGGCGAGGGCAUAGAAUCCACCACGAUGCGCGAGGUGAGAGGCCUACCACACGUUGGCAAUCCCACACACAACACGACGCACCACAACAAACUCAUCUCCUUCACGUCCCCGCCAUCUUUCCGUGUAUGUGUGUGUGUGUGCCAGGUGAAUGCAUUGAUGGCGUUGAGGGGCCACAUGAAGAUCGUCACCCUCCACAAGGUGGACAUGGACCCCUCCGACCCCAUGGCCACCAUCGUGUACCUCAUCUUCAAGCUGUGCGAGGCCGGCGACCUCGGACGCCUCCGUACCAUCUGUGCCAAGGAGAACAAGAUCAACUUCCCCUACUGGAACCCCAAGAAACUACCAAGAACACAGGUACCACACACACAGCGACAACACACACAUGGGAGAGGGAGAGGGAGAGGGAGAGGGAGAGAGGCAGGGGCUCACGUGUUGGUUUGUAUGUGUGUGUGUGUUGGUGUGUGUGCAGUGCCGACGCUGGAGCAGUUGGCCCGCGUGA